GAGAAGGAACAGAAAACCUCCCUUUACGUUUAUCCUUUGCGCUGAACUGCGGCGUCCGUCGAGCGGGAUUUCUCUGUUUUGUUUUGUUUUUUUAGCGUAAAUUUAUUGAUUCUGUUGUUCUGCUGUAGUCAGCUGAUGGAAAGGGCAUCCUGCUAGGGGCCACCUGGCGCUAUGUCCUUCCUAAGGCGCCCGCGAGCGAAACUCAGAUAACAAAUCAUUUGACGCAUUGAGAGGACAGACGCAGCCAGCCUCCUCCACUGAUGGCCUUCUUCAGGCAGCUGCAGCUUCUUCUCUGGAAGAACUGGCUGACAGUCAUCAGACAGCCGCUAUGGUCCCUGACUCUGAUCACCUGGCCUCUGAUCAUCUUCAUCAUCAUUGCUGUGACCCGCACCCAGUUCCCUCCAAUAAUAAAAGACACAUGUUAUGUGGGACCCCGAAACCUCCCCAGCACAGGCUUCUUCCCUUUCCUGCAGACCCUCAUGUGCAACACAGACAGCAACUGUCACAACACAUCGCGCGCAGUGAACCCAACUGCAUCAAAGACACUCGCAGGGAGAGCAAGGUCGAGCCCCCUGAAGGGUUCCCCGCUGGCAAGCCUGAUUCAGGGGGAUGUCUUCAAAAUGAAUUUCCCAAAGGACUCCAGCAAUGAUCCUGCAGCGCUGAUUGAGGUCUUGAACAACAUUUUGGGUCCGUCUUACCAAAGAGGCUCCCAUAAUGUCUCCUUCAUGAAUGCCACCGGUACCACUCCUCCGGAGGAUCAGGAGACCUUGGACAAAAUGCUGGAGUCCCUGGGCCUGUUGAAAAGAUCCAUCUGCACCAUGACGCUGCCCAUGAUAAACACAACCUCACCCAGCCCCCUCUGCUACGCUCUGGUCACUUUCUGCAAGUCCAACAACACUGUGUUUGAGGUCUCGCUCCUCACGCUCAACCAGAUGCUGAUGGAGCUGAUGCUGACAAAACCAGAGGAGAUGAUGACGGCGGCCGGGAUGGCGGUGUUGGCGUUCGAUCAGCUGCAGAAUCAGACCUCGCUGUGGGACAGCCUGCUAGCGGUUCCCCAGCUGUUCUCUUCUGGUUCUGCUGACCAAGUGCUGGGCAAUGCAGAGGCCUUACUCACCAACGUACAGGGUGCUAUACAUGUCAUCCAGAGCAAUUUUCCUGAAUCUGCUCCCUCACUCUCCACGGUGCAUCCGCUGCUCGCUGGCGGCAUCAACCUGCUCCAGUACGUUCAGCAUUGGCCUGGCAAAGAUGUGUACAUCUCCCUCGGAGAGGUCGUCACGCUACAGGAGGACUCACUAAGUGAAAUAGUGAAACGAGUUCUACAAGAGGUCCAGAUACCGCUGGACAAGGCAAUCGGACUGACGUUGGACAAAGACAUGGUGCGUCGGUACUUGUGUGAAAACAGCAGUAACCCAGUGUGGCUAUCAGUGGCGUGCAGCACAUACACCGUGGACAUGGUUCUGGGCUGGAUCAGCCCAGACAAGGUGGCAAAACAGGCUCUCCUGGCAUGGAGUAAGCAUGUUGCGCCUCAUGACGUGACCGUCGCCAAAGGUCUGCUGCACAGUCUGAUGGGAGGUGUAUCAUCAGGAGGACAGGGAGGCUCCAGCAUCACGAGGGCCCGGCGUAGCGUAGAUACGCAGCCACAGAACAUCGAGGAGGAGCUGUUCUUGAGGGUCGGUCAAGUGGUGAUUGAGAUCGUAGAAAUCGUGCCCGAGGUGGAUAUGGUCGUCCAGAGCAUCCUCAGAACGGGCUUUCAGUCCAUGAAGUCAGCCACAUUAACCCUUGAUACCGUCGAAGAAAUGAUGGUGAAUGUCCUGAAAGAUGCUGAAUGGCUCCAACUGACUUAUCAGACGUUGCUGACGAACCAGACUCAGGCAAGCAUUUGGAUCAGUCACGCCCUGAGCAGUGCGCUGGAGGUGAUUGAGAAGAGCCUGUCAUCUGAGCAUUUGACCUGCAAGGAUUUCUUGAGUCCCUUCGAGUGGCUCUUAAACACAGAGAGCAUCAAGAUCGAGGUGUGGAGAUCAGCCAUCUGCCAGAACAGCUCCAAGCUAGAGCAAGCCCUGCUGAUGGACUGGCAGCCAUUGGUUGAGAAGGCACAAGAAGUGUACAGCGCCAUCACAGGCCAAGCGGACUACAACGUAACACUUCCCAUGAUUCUCUCUGAGUGGCACGAGCUGUACAAUAACAGCCUGCAGUUUGGAAUGCUUUUGGAGAGACUAGCGACAGAGCUGGGUGGAGAGUACUGGACGAACUGGAUGCCAGACAUCAGCACUCAUGACGUUUCUGGGACUCUUCAACAAAGUGUUUUCUUGUCCAUGGUGAAUUUUGGAGCAAAGCUUGAGAAGAGUCAGCUGUGGCCGGAGGUAAAGAGCUAUUUCCACAUGGUUUACUGGAUUCUGAACUACAGGCCUGGUGUCACAACUCAGCCAGCAAACUGUGCUGUUAACAUCUCUACCUUAGCCAUUCAAUGCGAUACCCGUUUGAACUGGCCACACUUUGUUCAAGCAAUGACUCAGGCGCUAAUGUCACCAAACCCAGACAUCCUGGUUACUCAUCUCAAAGGAACCGUGAAUCUGUUGCAGCAUAUGUACGGCGACAUCUAUAAAUAUCUGGCAUGGUCAUAUUUGAAACAAGGAAUCCAAGGUGGAGAUGCCCUCUCAGCCUACAUGAUUAACCUGUUGCAUAAGCUGGAUGACUUUGUCCAGACCAUAUCCAUGCUUCCUGACCAAAACAUCUCAAACCCUGAUGUCAUGCUUCCCCUUAUUGGUCACCUGCUACAGUCUGCUGGUCUGAAGCCGCUGCUGCCGCUGCUGCUCAACGAUCGUCCCCUCAAUGUCUCCACAGUGCUUGAUGUUGCCUCAAAGAUUGGCAGGCUCAAUCAGCACAUUUUUACCUUUAAUGAGACAGAUCCAACAAUGCCUGAACUGGAACAGUUGAUUAUGCAGCUCCUCUCCUUAGAGGGUAACCUCACCAUAUCUCUCGCCCACAUCAUGAGUCACCGUCUGCUUACCUAUUCCCAGCACUUAGACCCUGACCAUUUGGCCCGUCUCAGGGAAGCCAUCCAACCUUUCACCAACCAGACCUCAGCAGGCCUUGUCGAGGCCAUCCUCAGUGCCAUUGAGCUACUGAAGACAGUGACAGAUUCUCCAGACCCAACUAAAAUCAUUGUUGGGUACGUACGCCAGGUUCAAGAAUUUGUGAUGUCCCUGUAUAGACUGCGAAGAAUCCAGCAUCUCAGGUUACCCAGUGGGGAGCUGAGCACAGCGCAAGUCACUGACCUCCACCUGCUUUCCAAGGAUUUUCUUAACCUCCUCACCCCUGAGGGCCUUCAGAACCUGACUCAGGCUGGACCAGAUGCUGCCCAAAAGAUUGUUGUACAGAAAUUUGUGGCAUUCUUACCAAGUGAGGUCCAACAGGAAGCUACCCGCUUCCUUGAUGAUUUCAGAGCUCUGCAGUAUCAAAUGGCCAAAUGUGCAGCGGGCCAGGACUGUUUGGCUGGAAUCUCAGAAAUCUUCACAUUUCUGGAUCAGAUAUUAGAGAUGAUGCUUUCGGCCAAUGGUAGUGUCACCAUCAAAUUAGCUGCAACCCACUCUGCUCUGGGGAGACGGGAAUAUGAGGAAAUUGCAUCCUUGUUCUUCUCACUCCUUCUGUCCUCAAAUGAUGCUGCUUAUGUAGAAACCUUCAAACAGACUCUUCAUUUCAUCAGACUGAUCAUAGCGACACCAAAUAUUACUGUGUCUGAUGUCCAGAAUGCUCUGAGACAGUCAAACCUAACCCUUGAGGAGUUGAAUAACAUAGCUGCACUUGCUGGAGCUGCCAACGCAAACGAUCUGAUGGUAAAAAUAACGCAGGUCAUCAAUGCUCGCCAGUGUUUUGAACCACAGGAUAACCCGAUGGUGACAGCCGAGUGUCUAAAGGGAUUGAUUAACGGGGUCAGCGGUUUCCUGACACACCUACCUGCUCUCCGUAACGAGACAGCCAUCCUCUCCCUCAUCCCGUUAAUCAUCAAUAACACUAUCAGUGAUGUCGUCCAAGUUAACUUUGGCUCCAAUCCUAACAUGGCUGUCGUACACAUCCUGAACAGCACCCUGGCCAACGUCAAGAUGAGCCUCCAGCUGAACCAUCUCAACACUCCGGAGGUCAUGAAUGAAAUCAGAGUGCUGGAGGGUCUGGUACAACUAGCUGCCGACCCAGAACCAUUUAACAACUUAAACACCAGCUUGAUUACCAACCCCACGUAUGCUCAGAAGGUAUAUCUGACGAUUAUAGAUUGGUACUUGAAAAGGCUGGAAAAUGUCACCAGCAGCAGCUCAGUCUCACAGCUCCUCCAUCCCUUUUUCUCCCUCACACAAAUGCAAGUAACAUUACAGCUGGUGCAGACAAAUUUCUCUUUAUAUGUGAGUAGCCAGGUCGAGUUCCUGAUAAACAACCUCCAGUACCCAAUAGAUGGUGCAGGGGUGAGUAAAAUUGGCCAGACAACAGUUGAGAUCCUCCGGCGUCUAUUUGAACUCAUAAAGUUGAACCUCGAGGUUCAGAAUAGUGUCCCGGGUUCUGAACUGUUGUUCAACACAACCAUUCUGCAUGCCACUGAGCUCCAAGUUAAGCUGUACCUCGACCUCAUAGAGAAGUGGAUGAAACAACCCGGUGUCCCUUUGGUCCUGACUAGCAUGCUCCAAUGGGGAGGCUCCUCCAUGAAUUAUUCCACCCCUGUGACAGACCUCCAGCAACUGCAGCAGACAAUGGUUAAUUUUCUCAGUGAUGAUCAACGAGCAUACCUCUACAUCAUUAGCAAUGUCACCCAGUCCCUGAGCAAAGCCCUGAUGGUGGCAGAGCAACCAGGUGGCCUCCAGAGCAACCACUUCUUAGAAACCAUUCUGGAAGCAGUCCAAAGCGCUUUGGAUAUCCUGACCGACACCACAGGCCCCUUGCCACCCUCAGUACAGGAGAACAUCCUGGAAAUUGUGCAGGACUCACUUAAGCUCAUUAUCCAACCAGACAUGAAUUUUGACUCAUCACGUAACAUCUCCCUCAUCAUCCUUAAGAGGGCUGAGAGUGUCAUCCAACAGACGAUACCGCCAAUGUAUGCUGAAUACCUGCUUGCUGGACUCAAAGUUGUAGCCACAUAUUUUGAGACUGCCUCCAUGGCCAGUGGACCAGACAUCUGGAAUCAGUUAAUUUUGAACGAGAUGAAGACAGUCCAGAGCCUCCUGCCGCCAAACAGCACAGCCCAGCUCUACAUUUCUGUCCUCAUUAACAUCACUCACUCCAUCUUGGAGUCAGGCCAAGGCAAUGCAAGUCUCUGGGCAAGUUUUGAGAGCGCGUCCGCAGAAAAUUUGUCCACAAUUAUUGGCCAGAUGGGCAAACUCGUGAGCAUGCUUUGGCCACUUGUCAUGGGAGGCCCAGGCUCACAUAUGACUGCUCCGUCACUGGGGGGCUUUGUUCAUCUUGCUCCAGUCCUGGAGCAGGUGAUGACUGGGAAGGCAGACCAAGACACGUGGGACAAACUUGAAGAGAUGCUCGAGGCCCUACUGUCAACCCUCAAAGGAACGGAGCUAUGGCACAGUGUCUCCUCUGUUAUCCCAGUGUUUGAAAAAAUCAUAGGAAGCAUGGUGAACAGCACCCAGGCAGAGAACGCAAUGAUAUUAAGCCUCCAGAUGCCCGUGGUUACCCUGGUGAAAGAAAUUGUGCAGUCUUUGAACGGCAGUCACUUUAACCUGUCUGAAGUCUCGGAAAGAAUGCAGCUUGCCAUUGAACGCACGGUGCAGGCAGCUGAGCAGGCUAAUGGCACAUUGGAGUGCAGUGAAGUUCUCAAAGCAUGGGAGCCAGUAAGAGAGGCAGUGGGGUUAAGCCAUGCCACCGUAGCUACGUGGUGCAACAUCAGCCUGCAGCCUGUUUUAGAGGCAUAUAUUAAAGCAGACACUGUCUACGCCAACCUGAACAUGAAUCACAUGAGUGUGGGACCAAUGACUGUGAAUGCCACAGCUGCCAGGAUUGUCAGGGCUGUACAGUCUUACUACCAAGUCAGCAUGAACCACACACUGGUGACACAGCAGCUCAUCAUGGCUUUCUCCAGCCAGCUCUCUAUGCUGGCAGGCCAGCCUCUGAGCCCCGAGGCGCAGCUUCACUGGUACAACCAGCUCCAGCACAUGCAGCUGCAAAACAGUUUGUCUUCCAUCAAAUCGCUCUCAGCUGAGCUCCUCGGCGUGGCCCCGUUCCUCCAGCCUUACAUGAAAGCCAUAGAGAAAGCACUGGGUCACAUCCUGGACAACUACCAUCUGAUUGAAGACAGCAGCUCGUCCCAGCACCUCUUCGGAGAAGCAGCAAUGAUCAUCCUGUCCUCUGCAAACAUCGCCUCGGACGACAUGUUCUCCAUGAUGUGGGGAAAUUUUUCUGGACUCAGUGAGGCAUCUGUUGCUGGCAUGAUUAGGCAAGCUGUCAAACUGAUGAUCGACAUGAAGGUAUUUGGCAACGCGUCUAUGGUUUACCAAGCCCUGGAGCAAUUUCUGGCAUCCAAUGACACAAGCUUGAUCGUGCGGAAGGUGAACGAGAUGUUUGAAUGGUUGGCCUCCACUCAAGCGACUGGACUGGACCUGCUGACUCAGGCUCUGCCCAAAAUCUUCGACAUCCUCAGGCCUCUCUUGUCUGUUUUGACCCAGAUGAUUACGGACAUGCCAGUAAACACGGAGCUGUUUGAAGACCUGGCUGGAAACCUACUGACAAUGCUGAGGGAGCUGGUGAACGCCAGUGGUCAUGCGGCCCCCGUGGGCCACCGGCCGAGUAUGCUUCAGCAGCAAAUGACAGGCGGUAACCAUAUGAUGGGGGGCCGACACAGACGGGAGGCCCCAUUCAUGCCAACUAGGCACCCCGUGGAUGACUUCAUAGACCUGCUCCACAUUGACUACCCUGCCAUGUUCAAAGCCAUCUCUGUCCCCCCUACCGCGGCAGAAAUUAUGGAGACAGUCCACGUGUUCCUUGCCAAUCCUGAUUUGAACGUUGUUGUGAAGGGAGUUACAAACGGCAUGCCGUGGGGCUUGAACGCCUCUCGGGAACAGACCAUUGAUGCGUCCCUGGGGGUGCUCUCCUUCCUCACUCUCUCCGGUGCAUCUCAGAUGUCAUCGAUGGACCUCCUGAUGAAUGCUGUUGAUAUUCUUCCUGAUGGCCUCCCAUUCUCCUCGAUGCUUAAGAACAUCACCAGAGUGCUUGCAAGUGAAUCUCAAGAGAACCUGAUGCUCAUGCAACAGACCAUCCAAACAGCCUCUGAGCUCUUCCAGAUGAGCCUGACGGACCCACAAUUCACAGAACAGCUUGACCACCUGAAAUCCCAGGUGUGCACUUUGGAGAAUACGGAGUCUGUGCGUGCGUUGAUGUGGACCGUCGCCUUGGAGCCCGGUCAGCUGUGUCACACUGUUCUGCCCAGCCUCCAGAUGCUGGUCGAGAGUCUGAUGGUGAACGUGACCUCCCUCACCGACGUUUUCUUCCAGGCUGUUGUCGGAGACCCCAGCACCUACAACGUCCGCUCAAACUGGACCUCGGUGCUGACUCAAGGUUUGAGCUUUAACACCAGCGGCCUGAGCUCUCUCAUGAUUAACAUCACGUCCCCGGGAGCUGUGACGGUUGGUGAGUUGCUGAGGAAUAAAACGGCCUUCAUUGCGGAUGUUCAACGACACAUGGAUUUUGAUCCAGCUGUUCUCUACCUCCUGUUGGAAACCACCGUGCCAAACAACAGUUUAGCGAUCCUCUCCUGGUUUGUGAACCUGCGUCACUGCAGCUCCUCGGAAUCUUUCAACAUGGACGAGGAAGACGCGGUCAUCAUGAAGACCUUCUGCUCCAUGUCCGCUGAACAGUGGUACAGCUUCUCACUGCUGAUGGCUCGCCAUCUCAACAUGGAGAAACUUAUAUACAGAAUGGUGUUGUCUGAAGACAUGCAGGGCUUGGUGGGCGUGAUGCUGCAGUUGGCUGAGGUUUUAACCAACAUGAUGAACACGUUUCUUCCUGCAAUCAAUCAGCUGCAGAGCUACCUGCUCUCCAUCAACGACCUCAACCUGGUGGCCAGCAACGAGUUCAACGCAAUGGCGAGAGGACAGAGGAGCAGCAUCUCCAGCAAAGCGACGUUCGUCACCCUCUCUCGAGCGCUGUGCAGUAAGGGCAUCCUGGCUCUGUUUGGAAUCUCUGAGCUCCCCAUCGUGUCCGAGUCAAACCCUUCCACCGCCGACGACCCCCAGAGGGAGGAGAUGAUUGAGCGCUUCAAGAUCCCACGGAAUGCCACUCCCUUCUGUACGAACAUGUAUCUGGACAUGGUGAACACCACAGGUGGAGCCAUCGCCUGGGCCUUCCUCAAACCGAUGCUGAUGGGACAAAUUCUGUACACCCCUGACACACCCGUCACCAGGGCCAUCAUGAAGAAGGCCAACGCGACCUUGCAUGAGUUUGCAAAUCUGAGGAAGUACUCCCAGGACUGGAUUGAAUCCUCCAACUACAUCAUAAACUCUGCCCAAAUACUCAGCCAAACUUUGCCAAUGCUGCAGAAUUCCCUCGGCAAUUCCUUUGUGAAGAACUUCAUUGAGAUGCAGACAGACAUCAAUGUCGGCAAAAUGAAGGAGACGCUCAGCAACUUCUCGAACAUGACGGCCAUGCUGGAGAAGAACAAGCACAUACUGAAACAGAUCACCACCUUGUCCACCCUGAUGGUGGACCUCUCUUCCUGCAUCAAGUUUGACCGCUACCGUGGCUACGACUCUGCCGACCAGCUCGACGCCGUCGCUCACGAGCUUGCCAAAAACCGCGAUCUCUAUGCAAGUGUCAUCUUCAAGCUUCCCAAAGACGAGGACUCAUCCAGGAAGCGUCAGGCGAGAUCUUCCUCCUCCGCAUCCUCCCUGCCUCCCAAAGUCAGCUACACUAUUCGCAUGCACAUGGACAACGUCAUGCGUACAGACAGAGUCCGGGACCCCUAUUACGUGAAGGACCCGCACAUCUCGGCCAGGCAGACGCUGCGCUACAACCGGGGCUUUGUCUACCUGCAGGAGAACAUCGAUCGGGCCAUCAUCGAGACCCAGACUGGACAGAGAGUGACAGAGCCGGCCGUCCAGAUGCAGCCCUUCCCUUAUCCCUGCCACUCCCGCGAUGAGUACCUGGAGGCCAUCUCUUUUGUCUUCCCACUCAUGCUCAUGAUGGCCUGGGUGCUGUUCGUGGCUGAUUUUGUGAAGAAACUGGUGCAGGAGAGAGAGAUGAGGCUGCAUGAGUACAUGAAAAUGAUGGGAGUGAACCCGCUCAGCCACUUCUUUGCCUGGUUCCUGGAGUGCGCCGCCUACCUCGUGCUGACCAUUUUCAUCCUCACGCUGGUGCUCAAGUACGGCAGCAUCCUGCCCAACAGUGACGGCUUCCUCCUGUUCCUUUACCUGUGCAACUACGGUUUGAGUGUCCUGGCCUUCACUUACCUGGUCAGCUCCUUCUUUGACAAGACCUACAUUGCCGGACUUAGCGGCAGCCUCAUUUACAUCCUCUGCUUCUUCCCCUUCAUCGUGGUGAUGGCCGUGGAGACGAAUCUCAGCUUCUCCCAGAAGAGCGUCCUGAGUUUGUUUUCCCCGACCUGUUUCAGUUACGCCAGUCAAUAUGUCUCUCGCUACGAGGCCCAAGGAGAAGGCAUUCAUUGGAGCAACUCGUACACCUCGCCCAUUUCUGGAGACACCGCUUCGUUCGGUUGGCUGUGCUGGCUAAUGCUCAUCGACUCCAUCCUCUAUUUCGUCAUCGGGGCUUACAUCCGCAUGGUCUUCCCAGGAAAGUAUGGCAUCCCAGCUCCGUGGUACUUCCCCUUCAAAGCCUCCUUCUGGGCUGAUCUGUGCUGUUGCAUUAAGUCAAACAGUAAGGUGGGCAGAGGACUGCUCUUCACCAACAUCAUGCAUAACAACCAGCCGGUCUUCCCCGACGGCAAGGGAAAAGGCCAGAGCGCUCUUUCCUCUCAGGCCGGUGAGGAUUUCUCAGAGCUACCGGUGGGCGUUUCCCUCCACGGUCUCAGCAAGAUCUAUGGCGACCGAGUGGCGAUUCAGAACCUUAACGUUUCCUUCUACGAGGGUCAUGUCACCUCGCUGCUUGGUCACAAUGGAGCCGGCAAGACCACUACCAUGUCUCUCCUGACUGGCCUUUUUGCCCCAUCCUCGGGCACCAUCGAGGUGUACGGCAGAGAUAUGCAGACCAACAUCGAUGAUGUUCGCAAAGAGCUCGGCGUGUGCAUGCAGUACGAUGUCCUCUUCGACCACAUGACCACCAAGGAGCACCUGCUGCUGUACGGCCAGAUCAAGGCCCCGCACUGGUCACGCAGGGAACUGCUGGAACAAGUCCGCACGAUCCUGGAGGAGACAGGCAUGUACGCUCACAGACACAAGCGGGCGGGCACCCUGUCGGGCGGCAUGAAGCGCAAGUUGUCAAUCUCCAUCGCCUUCAUAGGGGGCUCCCGCUUGGUGGUUCUGGAUGAACCCACCACAGGAGUCGAUCCCUGCUCCAGGCGCAGCAUCUGGGACAUUGUUAUCCAGCAUAAGAAAAAUCGCACCAUCAUCUUGUCCACCCACCACCUGGAUGAGGCUGAGGUACUGAGCGACCGCAUCGCUUUCCUGGAGAGUGGAGGAUUAAAAUGCUGCGGAUCCCCCUUCCACCUGAAAGACAAGCUGGGUCAGGGCUACAAACUCACCCUCACCAAGAAGAUGCAGAACCUUGAAUCAGAGCAGAUUGACAACGCUGAACUGAAAUCCUUCGUCCAAGCUCAUGUACCUGAAGCGCGGCUGAAGGAGGCCCAGGGCGGCGACCUGGUAUACUCACUGCCCCCCUUCACCUCAUCCAACGCCUCCUCGUACCGCUCCCUCCUGACCGCCCUGGACUCCAACCUGGAUGCCUUGCAGCUGGGGGGCUAUGGCAUCUCUGACACCACCCUAGAGGAGGUGUUCCUCCAAUUGACCUACGUGAACACAGACUCUGGGGCUGAGGACGGCCCCCUGUCUAUCUCAGAGAGGGUCUCCGACACUGGAUCCAUCGACAGCUUCCCUUCAGACCUCGGCGGAAGCAUCUCCGGCUUUGGCGACAAGAUCAAGCUUACCGGUUCGUCCGCGGUGCACGGCCUGGCCCUGGCCUGGCAGCAGAUGGCAGCCAUACUGGUCAAGAGGUUCCACCACAGCCGCAGAGACUGGAAGGGCCUGAUGUCCCAGAUCCUGCUUCCUGUUCUGUUCAUGGUGUUCGCUAUGGGUCUGGGCUCCAUCAGGAGCGACCUACGGCACUACCCCGAGCUGGAGCUUAGCCCUGCGCUUUACAAAUUCGACCCAAGCUACUCUUUCUUCAGUGACCAAAAUCCCAGCUCCAGCCAGCUGGUGGACACCAUGAUGUCAUUCCCUGGGAUCGAUAACGCCUGCCUCGACAAGUCUGAUAACCCGGUCUGCACAAGAGACGCAAACAAGUGGACUUCCAGAGGGAACAACUCCAAAGCAUCUGGUGUCUGUAAAUGCACCCGUCAGGAACAGGUUUGCAACGGGGACGACUUCCAGCCCCCGCACAAGAAGAUCCCCUCAUCUCAGAUCGUGUACAACCUGAGUGGCAUCAACGUGGAGAACUACCUGGUGGUCACAGCAAAUGACUUCAUCAGGAACAGGUAUGGUGGCUUUGCUUUUGGCGUCCCACUCCCCCCGGACUUGCAAAUGGACAUAACAGCGGUGCCCAAAAACCGCACUCUGACUAAGGUCUGGUUUAACCCUGAGGGCCACCACACAAUGCCAGCAUACUUAAACAGCCUCAACAACUUCAUCCUACGCUCCAAUCUGCCAGCGGACAAGGAUCCACGUAAAUAUGCCAUCUCAGUGUCCAGUCACCCCUAUUUUGGCCGGGAGGAUGAUGAAGAUAUAAUUGUCCAGGGAAUGCUCCAGAUCCUCGUGGUUAUGUGCGUGCUGACGGGUUAUUCCAUCACGACGGCCAGCUUCGCCAUCUAUGAAGUCAACGAGCACCACAGCGGCUCCAAGAGGCUCCAGCACAUCGCCGGCAUCAGCGAGCCCUUCUACUGGGCUGUGAACUUCUUUUACGACAUGGUCAUGUAUCUGAUCCCCGUGACCCUGACUGUUUGUGUGAUCGCAGCCUUCCAGAUUCCUGCAUUCACAGACCGUCAGAAUCUGGGUGCCAUGACCCUGCUUCUGGUGCUCUUCGGGUUUGCCACGUUCCCCUGGAUGUAUCUGUUAUCAGGCAUUUUCAAGGAUGCAGAGAUGGGCUUCAUCAUCUACGUGUGCAUCAACCUCUUCAUCAGUGUCAACACCAUCUUGUCCAGCUCCAUUCUAUACUUCCUGGGUCAAAUUUCAACGCGCAACCCUGAGGUCAUCCAGGAAAUCUUCAACAGGCUGAGCUACGCCUUCCUAAUCUUCCCCCAGUUCAACUUCGGAAACGGGAUGAUGCAGCUGGCGAGGAAGAACAUAGAGGUCCAGCUCCUCAGUGGCUAUGGCAUUGAUGCCUAUCAGAACCCGUUCUGCCUAGAUGCCCUGGGCUGGAUGUUCCUCUCCUCCUUCAUCCAAGGCGUGUUCUUUUUCACCCUGCGCCUCCUGCUCAACAAGUUCCUCACAGGCAAAGUCAGGCAUCUCAUUUGGGGCAGAAAGACAGUGCCUCAGGUGUCCUUGGAGGAUGAGGAUGAGGAUGUGGCGGCUGAGCACCUACGGGUGUCCAGCGGAGCAGCCAGCACAGACAUCCUGCAGGUCAGCCAGCUCACUAAGGUCUAUCAACACCUUAAGAAGAAGGUCCAUGCUGUCAAGAGGCUCUCUGUGGGCAUCCCUGCGGGAGAGUGCUUUGGUCUGCUGGGAGUGAACGGAGCAGGAAAAACCACCACCUUCAAGAUGCUGACUGGAGACGUUAGCCCCACUGAUGGCACAGCACAGAUCAGGGACCGGGAUGGGCGGCUGGUCGACAUCAUGGAGUGUCGUAACAAGGGAAUUAACAUCGGCUACUGUCCCCAGGUGGAUGCACUGGACAAUUUGCUCACUGGAGAAGAGCACUUGUACUUCUAUGGUCGCAUUCGAGGCAUCUCAAAGAGAGAGCUAGAUGGGGUGGUGAAGUACCUACUGAAGAGGCUGGAGCUGGACUACCAUAGAAACAUCAUUACUGAUGGUUACAGUUGCGGCACCCGCAGGAAGCUCUCCACCGCGCUGGCUCUCAUCGGCCAUCCGCAAAUCCUGCUCCUGGAUGAGCCAAGCUCUGGCAUGGACCCCUGCACCAAGCGGCACCUGUGGAAAAUCAUCUCUGAAGAAGUGAAAGGAAAAUGUGCCGUGGUCCUCACCUCUCACAGCAUGGAGGAGUGUGAGGCACUGUGCAGCCGUCUUGCCAUCAUGGUGAAAGGACAGUUCCGUUGCCUGGGCUCCCUGCAGCACAUUAAGAACAGGUUCGGCAGCGGGUUCACUGUGAAGAUGUACUUGGCCAAGGCCUCCUGUGACACAGAGGCAAUCACGGGCUUCAUGCAGCGCCGAUUCCCUAGCACUUAUCUCAAGGACCAGCACUCCACUAUGGUGGAGUACCACAUACCAGUUGCUCCAGGAGGGGUGGCUGACAUCUUCGACCAGCUGGAGUCCAACAAGAGCGCUCUGCAGAUCAAACACUUCUCUGUGAGCCAGACCACACUGGACGAGGUCUUCAUCAACUUUGCCAUGGGAAAGAUUGACAUGGAAACUAUAACAACUCACAGUGAAGACAACCGUGACGGCCUGGGCUCCAUUAAGGCAGUAGAAAUGUAGUUUUGUGUGUGUCCACUGUGAAAUGAAGAACAGUGUCUGUUUAUAGUAAAUCUGAUCUUAAUCUGCCCUUUUACAUGUGAAAAACAACAGUUUAAACCGUUCAUGUUUUGAAAGUACUGAUUAUUUCUUGAAAGUGUCUUGACUGAUCAUAUAAAGGGAACCUUACAUGUCUACCCAUCUUAUUAUUUAUGAAGGAUAAAACUAAUCAUGUAGGCUAUUAAUUUUUCUCUGUGGCUGGGACACCGUUUACUACUAGACUUUCAUACUGUAGUCAGAAACACUGUUUUCUAUUCAGAAUCAUUUUCAUUUGACUUUAAUGUUGGCAAAACAUGAUUUUACCUGACCUUAAAAUAUGCACUAAAUAUAUCAUGCAAUUUUAAAGAAGUAAUUUUUUUUAAUCGAAUGUACAUGUAACUACACUUACAGGUUGAAAUUUGAAAAAAAGCACUUUUCCCCAAAACGUUAUCGCUUCCUCCAAGGGCAUGCUUAACUUUUAGAAUGAAUGUAUUGGAAUAUUUAAUGGACUCUUUCCUGCUUACAGACCAGUUCCAGAUGUCUUGAAUGUAUCAAGCCUAUUUUUAUUCUUCUAAUAAAGCUAUUUUUCAAAUGCAA